CCCGGGGCCGAGUCGGGGCACCGGGGAGGGCCGCGGGGGGCAGGCCGGCCGCACUUGGGGUGUCGGGUCGCGGGUCUGAGGGAUGAGGAGGGGCCAUGGCCAGCGACGGGGCCAGGAAGCAGUUCUGGAAGCGCAGCACCAGCAAAGUCCCGGGCAGCAUCCAGCAUGUGUACGGAGCCCAGCACCCACCUUUUGAUCCACUGCUACAUGGCACCUUGCUCAAGUCCACACCCAAGGUGCCUACCACCCCGGUGAAGGCCAAAAGGGUCAGCACGUUCCAGGAGUUUGAGAGCAACACGAGCGAUGCGUGGGACGCGGGGGAGGACGACGACGAGCUCCUGGCCAUGGCGGCCGAGAGCCUGAACACGGAGGUGGUCAUGGAGACGGCCCACCGCGUCCUGCGCAACCACAGGCAGCGGCAGGGCCAGCCCGCUCCUCCCCAGCCGCCAGUGCACGAGCAGGAGCCAAAGCUCGUGGCAGAGCCGCCUGUGGCUGAGCUUCCAGCAGCCCCAAGCGGCGACCUGCGGCUGGUGAAGUCGGUCAGCGAGAGCCACACGGCCUGUCCUGCAGCGAGCGCCAGCGACGCCAUCCCUCUGCAGAGAUCCCAGUCUCUCCCACACUCAGCCACCGUGGCUCUGGGAGGGACGUCUGACCCGAUCACCCUCGGUGGCUCAGCACGGAGUAACAGAGAGGCCUCCCGGCUGGACAAGUUCAAGCAGUUGCUCGCUGGCCCCAACACCGACCUCGAGGAGUUACGGAAGCUGAGUUGGUCCGGAAUCCCUAAGCCAGUUCGUCCAAUUACGUGGAAACUCCUCUCGGGUUACCUUCCUGCCAAUGUAGACCGAAGACCGGCCACUCUCAAGAGAAAACAAAAGGAAUAUUUUGCUUUCAUCGAGCACUAUUAUGACUCCAGGAAUGACGAAGCUCACCAGGACACAUACAGACAGAUCCACAUAGACAUCCCUCGGAUGAGUCCUGAAACACUGAUACUUCAACCCAAGGUGACGGAGAUUUUUGAAAGAAUCUUGUUCAUAUGGGCCAUCCGUCACCCUGCCAGUGGAUACGUGCAGGGGAUAAAUGACCUCGUCACUCCUUUCUUUGUGGUCUUCAUUUGUGAGCACAUAGAAGAGGAGGACGUGGACAGGGUCGACGUCGCCAGCGUGCCGGCAGAGGUGCUGCGCAACAUCGAGGCUGACACCUACUGGUGCAUGAGCAAGCUGCUGGACGGCAUUCAGGACAACUACACCUUUGCUCAACCUGGCAUUCAACUGAAAGUGAAGAUGUUGGAGGAGCUCGUGAGCCGGAUUGAUGAGCAAGUCCACGGGCACCUGGAGCAGCACGAGGUGCGGUACCUGCAGUUUGCCUUCCGCUGGAUGAACAACCUGUUGAUGAGGGAGGUGCCGCUGCACUGUACCGUCCGUCUGUGGGACACCUACCAGUCUGAACCCGAGGGCUUUUCUCAUUUCCACUUGUACGUGUGUGCUGCUUUUCUUGUGAGAUGGAGGAAAGAAAUACUAGAAGAAAGAGAUUUUCAAGAGCUGCUGCUCUUCCUUCAGAACCUGCCCACCGCUCACUGGAAUGAUGAGGACAUCAGCCUGUUGCUGGCUGAGGCCUACCGCCUCAAGUUUGCAUUCGCAGAUGCCCCGAAUCACUACAAGAAGUGAGGCUGGGCUUGCAGCCAUGGCCUCACGCCCAGGGCGGUGCCCCCUCCCUGCCCGGCCAGGCGGAGGCCCCUCCGUGCUGGUCCUGGGCUGGGCACAGCCUUGCAGGGCAGUCCCACCCUGCUGGCAGCCUGCUAGAAUGGGCCCCGGCUUGGCCCAGGGCUGGGGGGAUGGGCAGCCUCAGUUUUCUGAGAUACCAAAGACAGCCAGGAAGGGCCUCAGUUCUGGGGCCCCACUUGGGCCAGGAGUCUCCCUCACCCUGUCUCGGUGCAUCCUUGCCAAAUGCUUAUCCCCUGGGCCUCUGCCCAGGGGCGGCGGACCGGCAGAUCCUGCAGGAGAGGCCUGCUGUCCGUGCCAGGCGGGCUAGCCAUCCAGGCCUACUCUGAAAUGCAAAACUAUGCUGUUGCGUGGAAGAAUAAAACAGACAAAAUGCUGAGCAAGGUGUUGCAGUCAGCUGGGGUCUCUGUGUGCACAGAGCCUCUGGUAGCCAGCCGAGGCCUGGGCAGAGCUGGCUGGAAGCAGGUGUCAGGAGAGGGGUCCUGAGGAGAUGGGGGACAGAGGCCGGAGGCCAAGCAAAGCCUGUCACAGUUGCCUUACUUUUCAUUUCUAGUCACCCCGCUCCCGGCACUUGAUGGUCUCAGUCCAAUGACCCACUGGGGAGGGGCUGUCCUGAGGGCCCCAAGAUGGCCACCAGCAGUGUGGGUGUAGCGCUCUGAGGCCCUGCCCUCCGUGGGGGCCCCACGUGGCUGCUUGGGCCUCCAGGAGAGAAGAGCAGCUGGGGACGCACAUCAACCAGGAGCUGCCUCUUCGCCUCUGUGUUGAUUGGCUCCCGGGCACACUGGGGCUGGAUUUGCUGCUCCCAGGUCUUCAGUCAUGCCUCCUGCAUGCUCUCCCGGUGUCACAGGAUGCCUGGCCCGGGUGACAGGAUCACCCUGUGGAGCCAUCGGGCCACCUGUGAGGUGAGGCAUUAGGCCUAGCCCCUCAAGGCGCCUGCUCUCAGAGACCCAUUGUGGCCCUGUUCUCACAUCUGUCCCUCCUUUUGGAGCUGAUGCAGCCCCUGCCCAGGUUCCAGGACAUUUCCCAGAGGCCAUGGGAUAUGUAGGGCGUGUGAUAUAUGUGUAUUCUGGCUUCUGGUAAAAUAAUUUUGGGCCUUUGUGUAUAGCAUGGAAUUCACACAGCAUACGGUGCAAGUGCCCUGCUCUCCCAGGUCACCUCAGUGACCUACCCGAUCACCCCCAGCCAGAAUGAGGGGGCUCCUCAGACCAGCUCCAAGUGGGCUUCCUGCCCAUCCAGUCCUUCCUGGAGUUAAGGGGGUCCACUUAUAAAUAAAAUCAACCCUGUGGCUCUGUGCUCAGAUGUCCCUACUUGUCUAGCCAAGAUCAGCCCUGGGAAUGCCCCCUUCCAUAGUUCUGAUUGUUCUGUGCAGCCAGAGUUUAGGGGACACUAAAGCUGACCUCUCGAGCCAGUUCAUCUUCCAAAGGGGCCGGGCCCAUGAGGUUUUGUCCUGCGUGUUUUCAUGUGUGCACUGUGAGGCCGGAUGCGAGGGAUGCUGACAGCCCUGGUGUAAGCAGGUGUCCCCAGUGGGGCAGCGUGUGUGUCUGGAAUGUGACGUGCCAGAAACAUGGAAUAAAGAUGCUUAACAAGCCCA